GUGGCGUGAGGGGGGCUGGCCGGGCCGGCGGCGGCUGUUUCGCGGCCCUUUUGUUGGGUGUCCUGAGGCGACGGCGGCGGCGGCGAGGGGACGGGGAGGAGCAGCCGCCAAGAUGCCGGACUUCUUGGAGGACCCGUCGGUGCUGACGAAAGACAAGUUGAAGAGCGAGCUGAUCGCCAACAGCGUGGCCCUGCCCGCGGGGGAGCAGCGCAAGGACGUGUACGUGCAGCUCUACCUGCAGCACCUCACGGCGCGCAACCGGCCGCCCCCCGCCGCCAUUAACAACAACAACAACAGCAGCCGACCCCCGGACUUCUCCAGCGACGAGGAGCGGGAGCCCACCCCCGUCCUCGCCGCCGCCGGCAGGAGCCGAGCCACCGCCGGCAGGAAAGCCACAAAGAAAACUGAUAAGCCCAGACCAGAGGAGAAAGAUGAUCUAGAUGUAACUGACCUCACUAAUGAAGACCUUCUGGAGCAACUUGUGAAAUACGGAGUGAACCCUGGUCCUAUUGUGGGAACCACCAGGAAGUUGUAUGAGAAAAAGCUGCUGAAACUGAGAGAACAGGGUCCCGUAUCAAGGUCUUCUACACCUCUUCCAACAGUUCCUUCAGCAGCAGAAAAUACUAGACAGAAUGGAAACGAUGACUCUGAUCAGUACAGUGACAAUGAAGAAGGGAAGAAGAAGAAAGAACCCAAGAAAGUGAAGUCCACUAGGGAUUCUGUCCCUAUUUCUGAACUUUCAGCUCCUCCCUCUGGUGGAUUUUUUCAGUCAGUUUCCUUUCCUGCGGUCUCUUCCCGGCCUCCUUUGGGCUGGACAGAAUUGCAGACUAGCUCUCAGGCAGGGGAGAGCGUGCAUACUUCUAAAAGAGACCCACCCAGGGAGCCUCUCAGUUCUGCAAGCUUACCUGGUACAGGCCAUGUAGAAGAAUUGGGGCACGGGAGAGAUUUUUUCAGUUUUUCUAAAUUUAGCCAUGACAGGUUCAUGGGAAAGAAUCUGUUGUCUACCCAACACGAUCUGGCUUCCUUGCUGGUUUCUGCUGCAGCUAAGACCUCGUGCUCUCCUACGCUGGGGACUAAACCCACCCCUCCAAGCUUCACAAAGCAGAAGGAACACGUUUUUGGUCGAGAGAUGGGUGGGCUUCAGUCAGCACCGAAUGUAAGGUCAAGCAGUUCUGAUCACCCGAUCGUUGCCAAAGAGUGGACUGGCCCAAACGAACCGGAGAGCUCACAGAUCAUUUCUCCACCCCUUGCUCAGGCCAUUAAAGAGUAUGUUGAUUACCUCUUGAAACAGGGAGGAGCAGAUAGUUUGCCUGGGACUUCUAGGCAUAAGAUAACAGUCGACCCUACGGCUUACCCUAAAAACCCUGAACUUAUUUGCUCUCCUCAAAAAUCUCCUAAGCUAAGUGAGAGACCAACUGAAGAGGGGGGCUUAGCUGAUGUUUGUGCCUUUCAAGAUUCUCUGGUCUGUGAGCGAGACGUACCUUCUGCCUUUGCUAAAAAUAUUAUAUCUCAAUCACUCAAUGCUUUAGGCAUUGAAUCAGCUAAGGCACUUCAGAAUGAGACGUUUGGGAGCUCAGUGCUGUCCUUUCCCUUACAUGAGUCUAUUUUGAAAGUCAUUCAUCAGGAGUGGAAUCAGAUUGAUAGGCCAUUUCCAUCUAUGUCCCACAAGUACCCCGUUUCUUCAAAAGAAGCAGCGCAAUUAUUUUCAGUUCCCAAAGUGGACAGUGAAGUCCUGGAGCUAACAUCUGAGGCAGCCCGUCCAGCAGAUACUAGGACAACCGUAACUGAUUCUUGUGAUAAGGAUGUUGAACUUGCCUUCUGUAGGGCAUAUGAGGCCGCAGCCUCGACACUGCAGAUUGCAACCCAUUCUGCUUUCGUUGCCCGAGCUAUGCAAGCAGACAUUAGACAUGUUGCACAACUCCUCAGCUCUGAUCCUAGCCAGGUACCCGAGGCGCUUGGCAUAUUAAGCAAAACCUACGAUGCGGGUUCAUUCCUCUGUGAUGCUGCAUUUGAUGAAAUACAGAUGGCUGCUUGUGCCAUGGGCUCCUCUACUAUUGGACGUCGGCAUCUCUGGCUGAAGGGUUGCGAUAUUAAUUCAGCUUCUAAGAAGAAGCUGGCAGUUCUGCCCUUCAGAGGUGGGACGUUAUUUGGUGGGGAGAUUGGCAAAGUGAUUAAAAGGAGAGGGAAUCGAAAGUAAUGAUAGUCAUGAGAUUUCAUGAGAUUGAAUACUGUCCCACCUACUAUAUUAGUAUCCCAGAACUUGGCUAGAUAUUUCCUUAGAGUACAGAUAAAUUUAAAACAACUUUUUUUUUUUUUUAAAUAGAGGAUCAAGAGCUUUUCAGGCCCUUGCUACAACCUUUUAAAUUUUUUUUGCAUCUCAUUGUCAGGUUGCUGUUUUGCUGUUUUAUAAGUAUAUCAACCCAGGCACCUGGUCUUGCAGCCUAGGUAGAAGACAGGCCUGUAGUACAUUUGGGGAUAGGAAGCAUAUGUAAUUUUCACCUAAACACUUCAGCUUUACCAAUUUUCACUUCCCUUAUAUAACUUUCUACUUCUGCAAAGCGAAGUACCAAUAGCAAGUUUGAUCUUUGAGAAACAAGCGUUAUAAAUGUCAGAGAAAUUUAAAAAUCAAAUAGGUCCUAAUUUUUACGAAUACAUGGAGACCAAAUUACACUUGUAUAAACAUUCAACACAAAAUUUCAUUAACUUUAUUUUCCCCUAGAUUGUCUCCGAAUAAUACUUCAAGCUUAACUGACAUUUUUUAAUGAUAAUUGUGACUUCAGUUAAGCAAAAUUCACAGGAUUGAAAAUAGGCUUCAUACUAUUUUGAAUGUUUACAGUAAUGAAAUACCUGUCUUUAGAAUUUCCCCUUGAAGGACUGAAAACAAUAGGGUUGUUUUGGGUGGAAGGGACAUUUUGUCAUUUUUGGACAAAAUAUCUCCCCCAAAGCAUAACAUUUUAAGCUCAAAGUUUAAAAUUAACUUUUGAAUGCAUCUCAGUUUUAGGCGGGAAGGUAAGUGGAAUUCCAAAAAGAUAUUCAGAAACCUUUAUACAGGAGAGGGAUUUUUCUGUUGGUUUUCUGAUUGGGAGGUUGAAGAAACUAGAGGAAAGCUGAGGAAAAUUUAAUGGCACCGCACAUUAGAGAGGUAUUAGUUUCUAUAUGAAAUUGUAAAUUGUGUGGUUUAUGGGAAAAUAGGUAGCUUUGGGCUGUGCAGUUUACUUUUGGGUUAGGCAGAGUGCAGUGAUUGGGGAAAGGAUAAAGUCCUUACAAUCCGAUUCUUAUUCUUUUUUUCAUUCUUCAUUCAUGAAGCUUGGAGUUUGAGUUGGUGCAUUUUCAUAUAUCUCAAGCUAUGGGAGAACAUUUAAUAAUGCAUAGCAAUUGACUUGGGUAUGUACAACCCAAAGCUCAUUUUCUUUAUUUUUUGGGGGGAUUUUUUUUCCCCCACAUUUAGUACUUAGGAACUAUCUUUGUAUAUUUGAAAUUUUUAUUUCUAUCCUCUGAAUCCUCUCGUAUGUAUGUACUAUCAAAUGCUAUACAAACUGUAAAAUUGUAGAAUGUUUCUGCAAAUUCAAUAAAGUUUCUAAAUUUGAAAAGAAAAAAA